AUGGCGGAGUCCGUAAUCAAUUCUCCUAACUCGGCCACUACCAACGCGCUUGGCUUGGGACUAACCAUGGACUCGCUCAUCAGCGACCUGGCAAUCCCUUUCGAUGUAUCACCGUACGGCAUGUACAACUUCGACUCGGUUGCAAAAUCCUACCCAUUCCAAUUGAACCAAUUCCAAAGCACACCAGCGCUCUACGAGCCUACUUAUCUGCUGGAUGACAUCCACAAGUUUCAGGUGCAAUUGUACCAAGAACUACGAUACCAGGUGGCCAGACAGGACCUCCAAAAGGACAUGCUGUUUGCCUCCACCUACCACGACUUGGAAUCCAUGAGCGGUGCCUCCACCAUCGACACUCCCAACCUUAAUACUUCCGUCAUGUCGAUUCCGGACACUGUGGUCACGGCAGAUUACCAUUUGCCAGAAAUGCCUGACAUGGACCAUCCUGUUCCUGACUUGGUGGACCCUCCCACCCCCAAAAAGCGUAGGGUGGAGAGCCCGCUCCCCCCUCCUCCUCCAGUGACUGCUCGUGAGCCUCUGGUGAAGAAACACACCCGUAAGCAUAUCAUGGCGCGGUCGCGCAGCGGAUGCUGGAUCUGUCGAAUCAAGCACUUGAAGUGCGACGAGUGUAAGCCCGUUUGCAACAACUGUACCAGGUUUGGCAUCCAAUGUGACUACUCGGUGGAUCGACCAGCCUACGUUUCGAACAAAGAGUUGCGUCGUCAGAAGUUGGAUGCCAUCACUACCAAGAAGAGAAAACCACGUUCUGAGCGGUGA